UGUCCGCGUACGUCCUCAGAUACGCCUUGCGUGUGAGGUCAUUUCCGGCUUGCCUCACUACAUACAGCCUCGUUUUUGCUGAACCUGCAAGUAGUCCUUCCGGGCGCAUUUACGGUUGGUUUCUGUUUGCUGCAUUGCUUGAGAAUGUCUCACACAAUCCUGCUGGUCCAGCCUACAAAGAGGCCUGAAGGAAGAACAUAUGCAGACUACGAAUCUGUCAAUGAAUGCAUGGAAGGGGUGUGUAAGAUGUAUGAAGAACAUUUAAAGAGAAUGAAUCCAAACAGCCCAUCCAUCACAUAUGAUAUCAGUCAGCUCUUUGACUUCAUUGAUGACCUAGCAGACCUUAGCUGUUUGGUGUAUCGGGCAGACACUCAGACUUAUCAGCCCUACAACAAAGAUUGGAUCAAAGAGAAGAUUUAUGUCCUCCUUCGUCGGCAGGCUCAGCAAGCGGGAAAAUAAAAGCCUGUGAAGCGUGGUCCAGUGGGCACUAGAGGGCGUUUUUGUUUUGUAAUAUAGUGGAUUGUGUUUUGUUUAUGCUAUAGGGGACAAUGUUUUAGAUUAAAAUGGAAAAUGUUAAUGUUAAACUUUAAACUUUUUUUCUGUAAAAAAAAAAAAAAAAAAAAAAAUUUUUGUGCUGACCAGCAGAGGUAAAAUGGUGACUGGUUUUAUGCUAUUGUACCCCUAACAAUCUUUGCAUAGUCAAGCUCCACCAGUCGGGAUAGCUGCAUUGUGCAACAUUUUUCAAAGACCCUUUUUGGCUAGAUUCACUAAACCCUAAAUUUAACAUUUUAGACAAAAAUAAUAAAAUUACUUGGUAGUUAAA